CCGAACAUCGGGGAUCAGACUGCAUGCAGUCAGCAGCCACUCGCAACUGAUCUUUAUGAAGGAUAACGGACUUGAUGCAGUAUGUCGCCAUAGGUCGUGCGGGUCAUUCCACCGAACCCCGCCGGACAUUACUUAAACCACCGGGAUACACUAUUCAGAUCUUCAUGGUCUUCAACCACACAACUCCAUGCCUAGUCGCUAACUCACAUCAAUUCAACGGGAAACGUCUGCCUAUCUUUGUUUCUCAAGAUGGCUUCUCCAAACCUCAACGCUGCCGACCUUUUCGGUGUCAAGGGCCUCAUCGUCGUAGUCACGGGUGGGGGAACUGGCAUCGGCCUCAUGAUUUCACAGGGCCUCGAGGCGAAUGGGGCUAUCGUGUACAUCAUCGGUCGACGGAAAGAGGCCUUGGACCAGGCGGCAAAGACAGCUAAAAACGGCAACAUUCGCACCAUCCAAGGUGACAUCACUUCAAAGAGCGACCUUGAGCGAGCGGUCGCAGAGAUCAAAGAGGCCCACGGGUACGUCAACGUCGUCAUCGCCAAUUCAGGAAUCGGCGGACCAGCUCUCAAAGGCUUGCCUCCCAACCCGACGAUUGCUCAGUAUCGCGACUUCGUCUUCGGCUGGGAACAGAAGGACUUCACGGAGACCUUUGCUGUGAAUGCCACCGGCGUGUUCUUCACGGUCGCAGCAUUCCUGGAACUUCUCGACGAGGGUAACAAGCGCAACAACUUCAAGCAAAGGAGCCAAGUCAUUGCGACUAGUAGCAUUGGCGCGUACAACCGUAACCCGAUGGGCUUCGCCUACGGAGCCUCGAAGGCAGCUGUGGUCCAUAUGUUCAAGCAACUGAGCACCACACUGGUUCCAUUCAACAUCCGUGCCAACGUCAUUGCGCCUGGAUUCUACCCGAGUGAGAUGACAACAGCAACAGUCGAGGCGCACAAGGAGGGUUGGCCCAAGACUACCAUUCCGGAAGAGAGGGCGGGAGAUGUAGAAGAUAUGGCGGGCGCAGUAUUGUUCUUGGUCAGCAGGGCAGGCGCAUACACAAACGGCAAUGUGCUCGUCACAGAUGGUGGAAGGCUUGGAAUCGUGCCGUCUAGCUACUGAGCAACUUCAAGUCAUAGGUAUGAAUAAUCGAGAGAUGGUAAUCAAGAGUUAUAACCUGACCUCGACUCUUCAUCAUUUCGGCGAGACACCUGAGGUCGAAACUUGUAUUGUAUAAACCAGAUUGAAGCUUGUUGACGAUUAAGUUGUGGUACUAUUGCCUCGGCAGUGGAUAAGCGGUAGCAGAGCUUUAGGAAAACUUCAAAAACACAUAUACUUCGAGCUCAGGGAUGCGGGAAAGUUUAUUCUAUCGUCCGUGAGACAGGUCUACGCUAUGAAGGGACACUCAUCACUCUAUCUUCUCUGCUCUUCAAGAUACCAUGGACGACAGGGAUCGUGAAUCAUUGAAAAAGAAGUCUUGGAU